AUGACCCCCCUACAUGGAGAGGCGCAUGUCGCCGAUGCUAAGCAACCCAAUGAGUUCAGCAUUGCGGCUGCCUCAUCGGGUGUUGCCACUCCAGCUGGUCCAUCGCAUCAGGAAGAGGAAGAAUAUGAUGCCGAGACGGUCGAGAAGGUCUACAGGAAGCUCGACCUUCGCAUCAUUCCAGCCUUUUGGUGUCUUUACUUCGUCUGCUCGGCUAUCAGAUCCAACAUCGGUAUCGCGCAGACCAUGAACGCAGCACAGGGCCAUGACUUGAUGACAGUUCUCGGUCUGACGGCUCGGGAUACUUCAACCGCGUUGGCUCUCUUCUACGUGGCAUAUGUCAUCUUUGACUGUCCUUCAAAUCUUGUCAUGGCCAAGUUAAGCCCCCGAAUCUGGAUGGCUCGCAUUGUUAUCGCGACUGGCAUCAUUGGCACCUGCUUCGCUGCCGUUCAGAGUGCCUGGAGUGUCAAGCUACUUCGGUUCUUGCUGGGUGUAGUCAUUGCAGGCAUGUGGCCGGGAAUGUCUUAUUACCUGACCUUGUUCUACCCGCCCUCUCGGACGGGCAAGAGAAUCGGCAUGUACUUUACAGCUGCCCAGCUCUCGGCUGCCGUCGUUGGUCUCGUGUCUGCAGGCUUUCAGCUCAUGGAUGGCCUUGGAGGCCUAGUUGGUUUCCGCUGGAUGUUCCUCAUCUACGGACUGGUCGCCGUUGUGCUUGGUUUCUCUUUGCUUUGGUGGCUUCCUGACCGUCCCCUCCCCCCUGGCCAGAAGCGUCAACGGUCGAUCUGGCUGAAAUGGCUUCCACACACUCCAGAAGCGCUCUCCGGCCAGGACGCUGUCAUUCACUACCAUGAUCUUCGUAGGGUCUACCACCCUAGACCCUGGACCCUUGGAGAUCUGGUCAGGGUUCUCAUCGAUUGGCGUCUUUGGCCUCUAACCUUUAUGUAUUUCGGAGUCGUUGGCGUCGGUAUCGGAACUCAACUUUACGGGUCCGUCAUCAUUCGCUCCAUAGUUCCCACGGCAUCAAGCAUUGAAAUUAGCUUGCUCUUUGCCCCUAUCUGGAUCAUGGAUCUGAUUGCGAUUCUACUAGUGAUGCCAGUUUCCGAUCGCUUCCACCGUCACCGACCUUUCAUCUUCUCGGCCGCUGUGUGCAUCCAGAUCACUGGCCUGCUCGUUGUAACUUUUGCCCUCGACAACGGAUGGGCCCGAUAUGGCGGGCUUUUGAUGGUUGGAUUUGGCCUGGGCCCAACUGUCCCCAACUGUAUGACUUGGACGAAUGAGAUCUUUCAACGUCGCCAUGGCGAGGUUGGAGUUGCGGCUGCUACUGCCUUGGUGUCCGGUCUUGGAAAUCUCGGAAGUAUCGUCACUACCUACGCCCUUUACACGGGAUGGCCAGAGGAUGCUGUCAAGGGCCGUUACCAGUACCGUCGCAGCAACUACGCAAUGAUCGGCAUCCUCUGCUUGAGCAUUCUCAGCAGCUUCGUCAUGUUCUUCUUGCUGAAAAUCCUGGGUAACGAGCCCGUGAACAAGAUCUCAGACACGUACUCGUCCUCCGAGAUUGAGGAUGGUGCCGCCAGACGUGAGGCCCGAGAACGGGGUUUCGGAAAGCUACUCCCUCGGAACCGUCAACGCCAGGAAGCCUGA